AGCAGGACUCACCUGGUGAAGCAGGUUGAGAACAGGUGGAACCAGAACUGAGCUGCAGCUUCUUGUUCGCGCUCAGGAAGUUUUCUGCUGCUUUUUGGGGAUUAAAAUGACAUUUUAUUGUGUUUUAUCAACCGUGGAUUAGACUCUACAGACAAAUAUGUGAUUUCUAAACCUUAAAUGGAGCAGACUGUGCUGGUUUUGGAUAAAUCUGACUUCUUUCUUUGACGUUUCAGGAGAUUUUUGAGUCUAAAUCAGUGGAAAUGAGGAGACUUCUCUGCCUCCUCCUUGUCUUCUUGCUCUGCUGUGGUUCUAUAAAGUGUGAGCUCCAGGGUCAGAAGCCUCCGUCCAGCAGCAUCCCCACCGUCAAACCUCUCCACGAUGAGCUCAACCAGCCCCAGGCCUUCCCUGAGGAGCAGAGGGCCAACCUGCCCGUCUUCACCAUGGACUACCCCCGGAUCCAGGUGCCCUUUGAGUUCACGCUCUGGGUGCUGCUCGCCUCCUUCGCCAAGAUCGGUUUCCACAUCUACCAUAAGAUCACCAUCUGGAUCCCAGAGUCGUGUCUUCUGAUCUCCAUCGGUCUGAUAGUUGGAGCCAUCAUGCACUCGGUGAAGGAGGAGCCUCCGGCGGUGCUCAGCUCCAACGUCUUCUUCCUCUACAUGCUGCCGCCCAUCGUCCUGGACAACGGCUACUUCAUGCCCACGCGGCCGUUCUUUGAGAACGUGGGCACCGUGCUGUGGUACGCCGUGGUGGGAACCCUGUGGAACAGCAUCGGCAUCGGACUCUCGCUGUUCGCCAUCUGUCAGAUCGAGGCGUUCGGGGUUCAGGACAUCAACCUGCAGGAGAACCUGCUGUUUGCCUCCAUCAUCUCUGCUGUGGAUCCUGUCGCUGCUCUCAACGUGUUCGAGGACAUCGGAGUCAACGAGCAGCUUUACAUCGUCAUUUUUGGAGAAGGACUCUUCAACGAUGCCGUCACUGUGGUUCUGUACAGCAUGUUCUCCUUCCUGGCCGACUUGCCGGUGGUCGAGUCCGAAGACGUUUUCCUGGGAGUCGCUCGGUUCUUCGUGGUCGGGGUGGGCGGUGUCCUGUUCGGCCUCCUGUUCGGCUUCGUGGCGGCGUUCACCACUCGUUUCACCCACAACGUCCGUCAGAUCGAGCCGCUGUUCGUCUUCAUGUACAGCUACCUGGCCUACCUGGUGGCCGAGCUGUUCGCCAUCUCCAGCGUCUUGGCUAUCAUAACAUGUGCCAUCACCAUGAAGUACUACGUGGAGGAGAACGUGUCCCAGAGGUCCUGCACCACCAUCCGUCACGUGGUCAAGAUGUUGGCGACCGUCUCCGAGACGCUCAUCUUCUUCUUCCUGGGUGUGGUUACCAUAACGACGGAGCACGAGUGGAGCUGGGCCUACGUCCUGUUCACGUUGCUGUUCGCCUUCGUCUGGAGGGGAAUCGGGAUGCUGGUUCUGACUCAGAUCAUCAACCCGUUUCGAACCAUCCAGUUUAACUACAAGGACCAGUUUGGUUUGGCCUACGGAGGCCUGCGAGGGGCAAUCUGCUUCGCCCUGGUCUUCACUUUACCCGACAACAUCAACAGGAGGAACCUGUUCGUCACGGCCUCCAUCGCCAUCAUCAUCUUCACCGUCUUCAUCCAGGGAAUCAGCAUCCGUCCCAUCGUGGAGUACAUCAACAUCAGGAGGACCAACAAAGACCUGAACACCAUCAACGUGGAGGUCCACACCAGAAUGAUGGAACACGUCGUUUGUGGCAUCGAGGACCUGUGUGGUCAGUGGAGUCACUACUACUGGAAAGACAAGUUCAAGAAGUUCAACGACAGAGUUCUGAGGCGGAUUCUGCUGCGAGACAACCGGGCCGAGUCCAGCAUCGUGUCUCUGUAUAAGAAGCUGGAGCUGCAGAACGCCAUCGAUUUACUGGACACACCGUUGGGAGAUCUGAGCGCAGCACCAUCUAUCAUCUCUCUGCACGACGAGAAGAAGGAGGCGGCUCGGCCCAAGAGGAAGUUCUUGGCCGCUGACGUGAGGAAAAUGCACGACAUCCUGUCAAAGAACAUGUACAAGAUCCGACACAAGACGAUAGCCUACACCAACAAAUAUAAUCUGCCCGACAACAGUCGAGCCAGGGAGAUUCUGAUUCGCCGCCACGCCAGCAUCAGACGCAGCCUUCGACCUGGAAGUUUGCGGGAGUUGGGAGAACAGAACAUCCCCAGGUCUCAGAAGUAUUACUCCCUCCAGCCUGGAGGAGACCUGGAGUCUGCGUUCGGCCUCAGGAGACGAAGUCACGCUGGUGAUGAGGUGGACCGACUGUCGGCUCGCGUCCAGGCCUCCGGUGUGUCUCCACGGUCCUCCUCCCGCUCUCUGGUGCCCAUGAGGAGGCUGAACACCAUCCAGGAACAGGGGGGUUCGGGGAAGAGCGUUGUGGACGAGGGGCCCUCUGGAGGUCCGUUCGGUUCCAGCCUCAGAGGCAGGAAAGCUGCGGUUCCUGCACCCAGGAGACGCAGCUCGGAUCGAGAAGACGACUCUGAACCUCCAGGAGGAGAGGAGGAAGCGCUGCCUCCUCCUCCAGGCUGGGUACCCGAGGACGGAGACCCUGGAGAAAAUGAGGCAGGAAACCCACUGCUGAGACACUCAUCACAGAUAUCUAGAAGCUCCUCCAGGCUAUGACUGAAAGCAGCCUCAUGUUUGAUAUUUGUAGAUGGACAUCUGCCUCACAUCUGCUUUUAGCAAAUAUCAAAACAUUUUGUUCACCGUCAAUGACUGGAGACAAAGAGACUCUGAUGGUCUGUUUACAGCGAUCAUAAAGACUGUCCUGGCUUAUUUAUGCUCUUUUAAAGCAUAUUUACAAGAUUAGGUGUCAUCAGGAAAUCACAUAAUUGAGCCAAACCUCUUCAACACUUGUUUUAUUGAAGAAUUAAUGUCAUAUACUGUCAGUAAGUCCAGUUUCCAUUCACUCAGGGUCAUUAUUAUGUACUUUCAACAUGUUUAACAAAUUUUAUACACAUAUUUUUACAAUGUUGACAUUAUUUACAUGUUUUUAAAGGGAAUUUUGAGCUUUGUUUUUAUUAAGUUGGCAAAUUUUAAGAAUUAAGCUGCUCCACAGGUAAGACGGGAGGGGAAGGGGAAUUGAAAUCCUGAUGUUAAAGUGAAAUACUUGAUUUGAUUAAUGAGCUAGUCUUAUUAAAUUUAUUCAACUUAAAUCUAUUUUAAAGAAACUUUAGUGUAAAUUACACACAAUAUAAAGUUGAUGCAACCUUAUAUCAACUCAACCAAUCAAAAUAAUGCCUGCAACUUUAAAAUUUUACGUAAAUAAUCAAAUUAAAGUAAAUAAACUUCUUAACCAGUUUCCACUUGAAA